AUGGAUCAGCAUCACCUUCAGCUGAUCCACGAGGGUGAGAAGUCUAAACAGAGCCUUCCACAAGAGAAGGUUAAAGAUUGGCAACCUUUAUCUCUCAACACGGGGAGCUACGAGAGAUAUCGAUGCCUGGUGUGUGGAGAAAUCCUUCGAAGCAAUCGUCCGGACGCUCUGAUACAACACUUACGCCGGAGACACCCGUUUAUCAACGUCAGACAACCUUCUCCUACAGCGGUAAGAAGACCAUGCCCCCCGCCAUGUCCACUGCCCCAGGUCCCCCGCAGUUGUCCUUGCCCCCCGAUGAUGUCUUCACCCCCGAACCCACCACCUUGUGCCCCGUGUCCUCGCCCCUGUAUGCCCCCACCACCAUGUCCCUGUCCACCCCCACCUUGCCAACCCUGUCCUCUCCAACCUCGCCCCCCACCAGCUCCCAACCCCCCGCCACCAUGUCCGGCCCCCUGCGCUGUAAAUUGUUGGCCCCCGUCGCAGGGAGAUUACUGCAGAGCCAUGGAGAAACAGAAGAGGAAGGAGUAUCGGACAAAGUACAAAUGCACUGUGGAGUCAUGGCGGCCGGGUUGUACCAAGGUUGUUUGCCCGUGUUGCGGUUGCGAAGCUCAGCCUGUCAUUCGCAGACAACGCAACCAACUCGCCAGCAGCUCUCUGGGUGCCUGCUUGAUGCUCGGUUGUUGGCCGUUAUCCUUCCUACCGUUCAUGCUGUGCGAAAGUACGGUGGUCAACCUGUAUUGCGCCCAAUGCAACAACUUCCUCGGAGCCUACAACCGCAAGGAGGGUUGCAUCGUGGAUGUCGAGGCACAACUGUGCAACCCUGGCGUUGUUCCUAACUUCCCCUCCAUACCGCACUGAUCAUUACACUCUGUUACAAAUCAGAUGUUUAGUAAAUUGUUUGUAUUUAUUUUACAAAAAGAUUACUUGGGAAUGUUUUAAAGUGAUUGUGUGUAUUACAAUA